AUGUUGCCAAAUGGUUUUGCUGGCUCUGAGCCAGCGUCCACACUGCCGGCACACAUUCUCCGCCCCGUGCACCUUCCUCUGGCUUUGGCAAAGGGAUUUUAUCCAGCGGGGUCUCAGCUCCCACCUGCCACGAGAUGCUUUUCCCCAUGGGGCUUGAAGGCUUGUGGUGGUGAAACCGGCUCCAGGUUUGGCAGGGCCGGCGUCUUCCCUGCUCCCAGACAGGGCAGGGCCUGGCUCCCACUCAUCUCCUGGCUCCUGCGCGGCCAUCGCGCCCUCGACUUGCCCGCGCUUGUCAGGCGGGAGGGUGGUGUCGUGCAGGGUUCUUCUCCUCCUUCUCCUCCUCCUCCUCCUCUUCCUCUGCUGAGAGCUCAGGCUGUGCGGUUCGGUGCCGGUGGUGUGAGGAGCACCCACAUCCCGGGGUGGGGGGGACACUGCAGCAUCCCCCAGACAGGUUCAGUGGGCGACCCGGUUGAUGGACCCAGCAGAAGCCAAAUGGAAGAAGGGCCAAUUAAUUAUGUGGAAGAAAGGCGGCUGAAGGAGGGCAGAGGGCUCAGCCUGGCCAAUGGGGGCCGGCCGGAGGCGGGGGGCACCGCACUGAUGGAGCCGAGCGGCUGGGCCCAGGGCCAGCUGCCCAGCGCCGCCAAAGCCCACUUGGAAGACGUCAGGAACCUGGUGGCCUUCUCGGCGGUGGCCGAAGCCGUUUCCUCCUACCGGCUGCCGCCGCCGGGUUCGCCGUCGCUGCUCUACGAGAAGUUCGACUCGGAGCUGAGCCGGGGGGGGCUGGGCACAGCGGACAGCGGGCCGCGAGGGGAGGACCUGCAAGCCCUCAAAGCUGCCCUGGCUUUGGCCAAGCACGGCGUCAAGCCCCCCAACUGCAACUGCGACGGCCCCGAGUGCCCCGACUACCUGGAAUGGUUGGAGCAGAAGAUCAAGACGGCUCUGGGCGAAGAGCCGGCACCGCCGCGGCCCCGCGCCGCCCCCAACCCCCCGCCCAUCCCCCCGGAAGGUGCUAUUGACCCCCAGCCGGUGCCUGAGGCCGCCGAGCCCUGCCCACCCGACGGCCUCCCCUUUUCCCAGAGCGCGCUGACCAUCGCCAAGGAGAAGAACAUCAGCCUGCAGACCGCCAUAGCCAUCGAGGCCCUGACCCAGCUCUCGGCCGCUCUCCCCCAGCCCGCCGGCGACGGCCAGCCCCCGCCACCGCCCCCACCGCCGCCCCCCGCCACCCCCUUUGGCCCCGGCCCCCUCGUCCCGCCGGAGGCCGCCUGGCAGCGAGGGGAUGAGCCACGUUAUCCGCCGGAGCCGAGAGCUGCACCCGAGCCAUUUUUUGGUGCGGCACCUCCCCCGGGGGGCUUCACAGCAACAUGGGGGCUGGAGGCCGAGGGGGCGGCGGGGGCUGGAGACCCCAUGGCAGAACUGGAGCAGUUGCUGGGUAACGCUGAUGACUACAUCAAGGCAGCCUUCAAGAGACCCGAACCGACGGCCGGCGAAGCGGUGACGCCUAAACCAGAGCCCCCCGAACGAGCACCCAGCAAGGAAGCGCCGGGCGGCCCCCGUGUGGCGCCGGCACCGCCGGAGCCCAACCUGCACAAGAAGACGCAGCUGGUCCUGCAGCAGCAUCUCCACCACAAGCGCAGCCUCUUCCUCGAGCAAAGCCUGGCAGCGGCGGCGGCGCCCCCCCCUGACCGGCCAGGUAGUUGGUGGGCUCCUGGUGCCCCGGCCGUGCCCCCCAAGCCCUUCGAAAAACAGCCCAAAGAGAAGAAGAAGAAACCGCCGCCCGAGAAGCCUCCGCCGGCCAAGCCACUCCGUAAGCAGGUGCAGAUCAAGAAGGCCAAGCAGAAGGAUUCGCAGCCGCUCUUCCUGCCCCUCUGGCAGAUCAGCCUGGAGGGCUUUCGGACGCCCGCCGAGCCCCCUGCUGAGGAGAUGCAAACCGAACCGCCGUCGCCGCCGCCGCCGCCGGCCUCUGCCUUCCCGCUCCAGCCUCUUGCACUACCCCUGCCCGCCGCUCAGCCCCCGCCGCCGAACUCCCUCGACGGCGGCCCCCCGGCUCCCGAAUCUCAGGAAAGGGGUGCCCCCGGGGGGGGGCCCCAAAUUCACCCGGCGCCGGCGGGCUCCACCGGCUCAGAGGAUGCGGCGGCCGCCCCGCCGCCGGCCGCCCCGACCCCCCUGGUGGUGGAUGACAAGCUGGAAGAGCUCAUCCGCCAGUUUGAAGCCGAAUUUGGGGAGAAUUUCAACCUGCAGCCCCCCAAGACCCCCGCUCCGCUCGCCCCCGGGACCACCGAGCUGCCGGGGGGGCCAGCACCAGCCCCACAAGUGCAACCCACCGCCGCCACCGGCGCCGCCGCCACCACCGACGCUCCGGCUCCGAGCAGCGCUCCCCAAGCCGGACUCAAAAGCUUUUCGUUCACCCCAGGGAAGGGUCCGCUUGCAGAGCCCCCCUUCACCGCCCGCUCCCCCAAACAGAUCAAAAUCGAGUCUUCUGGUGCUAUCACCGUGGUGUCCACCACGUGCUUUUACUCUGAGGAGAGCCAAAACCCGGAGGCGGAGGACGCCGAAGGGACACCCACCAAGGACGAGGUGCCGCUGACGCCCACCCUGAGCGGCUUCCUGGAGUCGCCGCUGAAGUACCUGGACACGCCCACCAAGAGCCUGCUGGACACCCCUGCCAAGCGGGCACAGGCCGAGUUCCCCACCUGCGACUGUGUUGAGCAAAUUGUGGAGAAGGACGAGGGGCCCUACUACACACACCUGGGCUCAGGGCCCACCGUGGCCUCCAUCCGCGAGCUCAUGGAGGAGAGGUAUGGUGAGAAGGGCAAGGCCAUCCGCAUCGAGAAGGUCAUCUACACAGGGAAGGAGGGGAAGAGCUCCCGGGGCUGCCCCAUCGCCAAGUGGGUGAUCCGGAGACACAACCAAGAGGAGAAGCUGCUGUGCCUGGUGCGGCACCGGGCUGGCCACCACUGCCAGAACGCUGUCAUCAUCAUCCUGAUCCUGGCCUGGGAGGGCAUCCCCCGCACCCUGGGGGACACUCUCUACCAGGAGCUCACUGACACCCUCACCAAGUACGGCAACCCCACCAGCCGCCGCUGCGGCCUCAACGACGACCGGACCUGUGCUUGCCAGGGCAAGGACCCCAACACCUGUGGAGCCUCCUUCUCCUUCGGCUGCUCCUGGAGCAUGUACUUCAACGGCUGCAAGUACGCCCGCAGCAAGACCCCCCGCAAGUUCAGGCUGGUGGGGGACAACCCCAAAGAGGAAGAGCUGCUCCGGAAAAGCUUUCAGGACUUGGCCACCGAGGUUGCUCCGCUCUACAAGAGGCUGGCACCACAAGCCUACCAAAACCAGGUUACCAAUGAGGACGUAGCCAUCGACUGCCGGCUGGGCCUGAAGGAGGGGAGGCCGUUCUCGGGCGUGACAGCCUGCAUGGACUUCUGUGCCCAUGCCCACAAGGACCAGCACAACCUCUACAAUGGCUGCACAGUGGUCUGCACUCUGACCAAGGAAGACAACCGUGUGGUGGGGAAGAUCCCAGAAGAUGAGCAGCUGCACGUCCUCCCCCUCUACAAGAUGUCCAGCACGGAUGAGUUUGGCAGUGAGGAAAACCAAAACGCCAAGGUGGGCAGCGGAGCCAUCCAGGUGCUCACCUCCUUCCCCCGUGAGGUCCGCAAACUGCCCGAGCCUGCCAAGUCCUGCCGGCAGAGGCAGCUGGAAGCCAGGAAAGCUGCUGCUGAGAGGAAGAAGCUGCAGAAAGAGAAGCUGCUGACACCAGAGAAGAUCAAGCAGGAAGCUCUGGAGCUCCCCAUGCUCCAGCAAAACGCAGGGAUGGCAUUGAAGAGCGGGCUGCCCCCGCAGCCACUGAAACCUUCCAUCAAGGUGGAGCCUCAGAGCCAUUUCAACACCUUCAAGUACAACGGCAACGCGGUGGUGGAGAGCUACUCGGUGCUGGGCAGCUGCCGGCCCUCCGACCCCUACAGCAUGAACAGUGUUUACUCUUACCAUUCCUACUAUGCACAGCCCAAUCUGCCUUCCGUGAACGGGUUCCACUCCAAGUUCACGCUCCCCUCCUUCGGCUAUUACGGCUUCUCCAGCAACCACCACGUCUUCCCCUCCCAGUUCCUCAAUUACGGAGCGCCCGACAGGAGCGGGGGCGGCUGGGUGAGCAACGGCUACGAGAAGAAACCUGACGUCUCGGCCCUGCAGGAGGACCUCAACCACGCCUACAGCAAUGCCGACUUCCCCCAGCCCGCCCCACACGGUGCCCGCAGCAAAAACCAUCACCAGCGCACCUACGAGCGGGCCAACCGCUGUGCUAGCCAGCAGAAAGCGGCGGCAGCCACGGCGCACAGGACUAGCUCGGCCUCGGAGCAGGCGGCGCCGUUUGCACAGAACUGUUUCUCCAACCGGCCCAUCAAGCAGGAGCCUCCAGACCCUCCCGCUGCCGUCGAGCCCCUUCCCGGCGCGGCGGCCGUGCCCGCCACCAGUUUAGCCUUGCCGGCUGUCCCGGCGCGCGGCGUUGGGGCGGAGCAGCGGUGGAGCCCCUUCAAAGCUUCUCCGGAGAGGACUAAUGCGGCGGAGGGCUCGUGGAGUGCCCUGGUGCCGGGUUCAGGCGGGAGGGAGAAGCCGAGCGCCUUCGAUGCCGCCGCGCAGUUGCCGCCGCCAGAGAAGCAGUGGCCAAACGUCAUGGCAGGAGAGGCAGAGGCGCGCGGCUCAGGCUUGCUGCCGAAACCAUGGAGCCCCUGCAAACUGGGGGAGACGGUGCUGGCCGGCACGGGCACCCCAAGCCUGCUGGGGCAGCUGGGUUUCAGCUCGGCCUUGCCAGGACUGCCUGGCUUUGCAGAGGAGCCCUGGGGCUCAGUGAAGGCAGAGGAGUGCAGGACGCCGGCGCCCAGCCCGGGGCUGCUGGAGAAGCCAUGGGAGGCAGCAGUGGGCGAGAAGGGGGCUGCGGGACCCCACCGGGACAAGCCGUGGGACCCUUUCAGCCUGGAGGAAGAUCUGCCGGAGAAGGCGGUGAAAGAGGAGGAAGAGGAGGAUGAGGCGGAGGAGGAAGAAGAAGAGGAGGAGUGGUCGGACAGCGAGCACAACUUCCUGGACGAGAACAUCGGGGGGGUGGCCGUGGCGCCCGCGCACGGCUCCAUCCUCAUCGAGUGUGCCCGCCGCGAGCUCCACGCCACCACCCCGCUGAAGAAACCCAACCGCUGCCACCCCACCCGCAUCUCCCUGGUCUUCUACCAACACAAGAACUUGAACCAGCCCAACCACGGCCUGGCGCUGUGGGAGGCCAAGGUGAAGCAGCUGGCAGAGCGGGCCCGGGCGCGGCAGGAGGAGGCGGCGCGCCUAGGUCUGCCGCCAGACGCCAAAGCCUUCGCCAAGAAGCGCAAGUGGGGUGGCGCCUUGGCCACUGAGGCGCCCAGCAAGGAGAGGAGGGACUCGGUCCCCACGCGGCAGGCGGUGGCUAUCCCCACCAACUCUGCCAUCACUGUGUCCUCCUAUGCCUACACCAAGGUGACAGGGCCCUACAGCCGCUGGAUCUGA